GAGUUUGAGCGUUAAAAUGACAGUUAACGGUGUUGAAGAAAACAAAGGAGAAGAAGCUUCCUAUACAUUCAUCAUCCAAACUGGUUCUUACAUUCCUUCCAAGAAGUCAACCAAGAAAUGGGACGAUGGAAUGAUGAUUUUGACGGUUAACCCUGGAUGUGAGACUUCGGAAUCCAAACCCCUUAAAGUCAAGGAACUCUUCCCGAUGAUGACAGAAGGGGCAGUGACGGUAGAUUUUUGGCUUCCCGCCAAUGUAGGGGUACCAAAACUGAUUAAAGUAGACUUGGAAAGCAACAGAUUUGAACUUGUGAAGGAUGCUCUGUAUGUACGGGAAAUAACAAUCGUGUAUAACCGGGACCCUUACCGUUUCCCCAUCAAAAACUUUGUGUACCCUCAUAACCCGAUGCGAGGAAACCCUACUGUUGCCGAAUUGGGAUGCCCGCCACAUUUUCUCGUUCGAGAGGGAGCUGGAACUCUGAAACACCAAGAAACUGAGGACUUCAUCAUCAAAGCAAGAGAAGAAGAUUUGCAAACCAUUCACUCCUUGGUUCAGUGGAAUGAUUUCAAAAAUGAAUCAAGUGAAUAUUUUUAUCCCGGUUACUUGAACAUCAUGGAGUAUGACAAUCUACCGAGGUUUCUAAAGUUUAGGGAAGCGAAAUUAGACGCUUUUAACGAUUUGAGGGCUGAAGGAGUGAAAAAGAUUAAAAAUAACGCUUUGUCAAACAUAAAGGAAAAAAUCUUAGGAAAGUACAAAGAGGAAAAGGCCGACUCUUUUCAGAAAUACAGAGAUUAUAUGAAAGAGCAAUCAGAUGAAAUGGAAUGGCCCAAAGACCUUGUCCUUGAUGCAUUGAAAGUUUCCAAAGUAUUCCGUCAGGAUGAAGAGUUCGGAAGACAGAUGCUGUGUGGCCCCAACUCUUUGCACAUCAGAAGGGUAACAUCCCUGGAGGGACGCUGGGCUGGAGGAACAGUUCCCGACCACGCAUUGGAAAAUAAAUCCGUGCAGGACGUGAUAGGAGAAGGACAUUUGUUUGAGGUUUGCUUCGACGACUUAGUUGGUAUCCCUCAUGGUGGGGCAUUCAGCAAAAAGCUGACCGGAACAGCACAAACUUGGUAUGUGUGUCUCGCCGAUUGUCUUCUGUAUCAGAGAGAUGAUGGAAAGUUGGUUCCUGUUCUGAUUCGAUUAGAAAACAGAGCUGAUGGGGAGCCUGAAACUUGGUGGUCCCCUCCUAGUCCUGAUAUAACGGAUUUGAAUGACCCCGAACAUCUAGCCUGGCUAUACGCCAAAAUGUGGUUUAGGUGUGCUGAUCUAGGUGUAUAUUCUCUGUGCACCCACUACGCUAGAGGUCACGCCACCAACGAAAUCUUUGCAGUAGCAGCUUACCGAAACCUGCCAAAUGCCCAUCCCAUCUUUAGGUUACUGCAGCCCCACAUUCAGGGUAUAAUCCCGGUCAAUGUUCAAGCAAGAGCUGUGUUGAUAAAUCCUGAUCAAAAUGCCUUUGCCCUAUUCCUCUCAGCAGGUGAUAGUUUGAAGAUACUUCUUCACAACUACUACCAAACCUUUGAUUACGCAGACCUGAAUUUAGAAAAGAACUUUGAAAAACGUGGUGUUAAAGACAUUCCUGAGUAUUUAUACAAAGAAGACACUCUUGAUUACUGGAAAUACAUCGGUGAAUACGUCUCUGAGAUGGUCAAUUUGACAUACCCCUCCGAUGAAGACGUCGUCAAAGAUCUUGAGCUUCAGAACGUCUUCAAAGACUUGGUUGACUUUGGCUUCCAUGGCUACGAAAACGGUGCUGGUUUCCCACGAUCAAUGGCCAAUAGAGAACAGCUAGUUGAGUAUCUAACAUGCGUCAUCGUCAACAUCUCUGUGUUCCAUACCGCGGUCAACUUCCAGACAUUCACCACUUACACCUUCCCGCCGAAUGUCCCCUCGUGCAUGACCCUCCCUCCUCCUAAACAAGAUACAAAGGUCACCAUGGAUAUGAUACUGGACGCUCUUCCUGUGUUGGAGCUCCACUUCAUUGCCAUGAACAUAUCAAAUAACCUGGGACAGUACUCUCCUAUUGAGAGAUUCUACCUCGACUCACCUGGAGAGAACAAACUUGGCAUUUUUGGAGAGAACAUGGCUGUUUCUCCUGAGCAGGAGGCGUGCAUGCAACGGAUGACGGAGAAAAUGAGGGGAUUGAAGGCGAAAAUUGACGCUAGAAACGUUGGACGAUAUAUUAAGUAUGAUGUUUUGAGUCCAGUCAACACUCCUCUGACCACCCAGACUUAAUAACGAACAGACUGAAGUAUGACAAACUGCCUUAUUAUUGUGACGUUUUUCUUUUGUGCUAUAUUACUAGGUAGUUGAUUAUAUAAUUAUAUUAUUAGUUGAUCUCAGAUAUUUCAGGAAACUAAAACGCAAUAUUCAAUGAAAAUUUGCGAUAUGGAUGGUUCAUCAAUUUUAAAUGUGUUUAACUUUCAGAAGAUUUUGAUAUGAUCUGUUUUGUUUUGUGCAACAUUUAUAGUCUGAUAUUUUAAAUUCUAAUUUAAUACUCCUCUGAUCACCGAGUUAACAAUAAACAGACUUAUGAUACGUAAUGAGCUUAAUAUGAGUUGCUUUAUUAUUACCAAGUAUUCUGCAAAGUUGCACGCAAGCUUAACCAUCACUUUUAUUUUGCAUGGUUUGAUCGAUUCAAAUUAUGCUAUGUUUCUUUUUCAAAACCUUUUACUA